UAUUCACAUCUUGGAACAUCGCCAUGAACGAUUAUGUUGAUAUCACCGAAGAUUUCUUCUCUUCAAUAUCUCAGAUAUCAAACAACAGAGUAGUGAAGUCUCCAUUUUUUGACCUCCUCGAGGGAACACGAGCAAUAGAGAUUAAUAAUCCUCGUUUAGAUACUGGAUUGAUCCCCAAUGAGUUGAGCGCUGCUGAAUUGAAUUUCGAAUGCCUGAAGCCAAUAUCCGAAUCCGAGCUUCUGGGGCUAAUGAACAAGUUAUUCAAACUCUUAAUGAGCUGGUUCAGUAGUUCCUCAUUGCCAUUGACAGUCUUGAGCUGUCGUUACGUCGAAGACAUCGUCCAUGGGUACACGAUGAGCUUGGACAGAGGAAUAGAAACAUUCAGCCUAGGUGACGGAGUGUACAACCGUGUGUUGAAGAGCUUUGUGGUGGGAUUGAGCAAGUUCAUAGGUAUCAUGAUAACGGUGGGAAAUACUGUGUUAUAUGAAGAUGAAGAUAUCACCACCAGAAACAUGGAGUUAGACUUUCUUACGGAUAUCAUGGUGGAUGAUGUCCUUAAUGAUCUUGAGAGUGCCAUCGGCUUAGUGAAAAGAAGUGCAGCUCAACACAAGGAACAUAUUAUUAAACAGUUGAUGUUGUUACAGGAUUUGAACAGUUUGCCUAUACUAUCGAAUUUACAAAUAAACCUUUUCGGUGUACCAGAUCUUAGACAACUCCAAAGCUUCCAGGAUAUUUUGAAUAGAGGAAUUGAAUGCUUGAAAUUUAUUGCCGACCACAAACAAUUUUAUGAGACCCAAGAAUUACCAGUUGGCAGUGUUUCAAAAUGGGUUCAAGCAUCGUUGGGUAAUAGGCAUAUUCCAGGUGAUGUUUACGACAUUGGAUUCGACGAAACUUUCAAACAAAUGACCAACGUAUUUGAGCAAUUGAAACAGAUAUUCAGGAAAACCAACUAUAUCAAGGACAUUGAAGCAUUGGACUUGUUCUUAAAGUACGAUAUUCAACAUAUGGUGAAUGAGUACCAUGUGAUUAACAAGGGAAUUUUCCAAUUAUUUCUUAUUAGAGAAGACCAAAGUAUAUUGGGUUCUGUUUAUCAUCUAAGUGACUUAACGUUGGACUUGAUGAACCACGUCAACGUUUUCAACUGUAACGUAUCAAAUCCUAAAACAUGGAACUUGAACAAUGCCGAUACAGAACUAGUAAUGGACGCAUUGAGCCAAUUACUUAAAGACCUUGAAGCAGGAGUAUACCAAAAUUUGACUGUUUACGCUAACAACCGGUGUCGGCAGAGACAAUUGAUCAACAAGAACCUUUUGGUAUGGGACUCUUUACAAGUUCAAUCGGAGAACUUUGAGAUGGAAAUCUACAAUAACUACAAAAUCGGUGAUAAGUUGUCCGACACCGAUGAAAACGCUUUGCCAAUCAGCUCGUUUAUUUACUCCACAAAGUUGGAAUUAAUGAUUGAGUUUUUGCUUAUUGGAAUAGAACUAGAGUUGUACCGGGAAUUUGAAAUCUAUUCAAUCUACUGGUAUAUCAACUACCUCACCAAAGUCUACAUAAAUCAUUCCACCGAAAGGCUCUUGAAGUUCAACAAGUAUAAAAUAUCCAAAAUCGUCGCUAAGAAGAAAAAACUGAAGAACAAGCAAGAACUUGAGCAGAAACGGGAAAAGCUCACCAAAAUCAAUGAGGCACUUCAGCAUAAAAUCGAUUAUUGGAAAGGCUUUCAAAGACUCAUCAAUUCCGUGUGCCUAUUGUUAAAUUACUUGCAAAACCAGAAAAUGAUUAAAUUCGAUGAUCUUACCGCCAAUUUCAUCACCAGUUUCGAGAGCUUAUUCAGGUUAAGAUUCAAGCCAUUCGAAUCCAUAGGAGUGCCAUCUCAACUUACCUUCGCCCAAUACUCCCUGUCUUUUGCAUCAGAUGUGUCUCAAGAUGAAGUCAUCAACAGUUUGAAUAUGGCCAAAGAAGCAUUGGUGGAGUACAACAAAUCGGUCACAAAUGACAAUGAGAAACAGUGGAUUAGCUCUCUCGUCAAAACAUGUUUCUCAUACAUUUUGGAAUUGAAAGGAGGCAAAAAUGUCUUUGAAGUAUCGCCAGGAUACAAUACAUACUUCCCAAAGUUUACGGCAAAACUUCCCGUUAUAGAGUAAUUAAUAUAUCAUUCGAAUCUCACAAUUGAUCGAUGAGCUUUUUGGAAGUUUCAGUUGAUUCCUUUAUUUGCCGAUGGUUUUCUUGGACCCUUUUCAAAUCAUUGUAAAUCUUUGUGGUCGAUUCGUUUAUCAUCUGCAACAAUCCUCUUGUUUUGGUUAACACCUGUAUUUGUUUAUCAUAGUCUUCCUCCAUUGUAGUAGAAUGAUAUUUCGAAAAAAUU